UUUGCAUUGUUUCUUUCUGUGGAAAUCCUAUUCAGAAACUCAAUCGAUGGGAGCAGGGCAGGCGAUGAAGAGAAUCCCACGCAUCAAAUUUCCCCAACGCCAUCCAAAACCCUCUGGUACAAACAACCAUGUCGAUGACAUGUCCGCACAUGAUCUCAAGAAUGAUGAUCUUGUUAUGAAAUUCUUCUCAAGGGCUCCAUCCGCUGCAUCGGGAGGGAAGGCUUCUGAUCAGCCCAAAAGAACUCCUGUUACUCAAGAGGAGAUUGAUUCCGUCAUGUUGGGUGGCUGUUUCUGACUCGGGCUGAGAGAGGCAUCCCGUUGGAGGAAUACAUUAAUACAAGUAAAAAUGAUUUAUAUUGAGGUUUUUGUGUUGCAAGAAACUCUUGUCUGAAUGAAAAACAAAAUGGAGAGUAAAUUCAAGUCUCUGCUUGACCACUUCCGUAGAUAUUCAUAAUCA